UUUCUUCAAUAUCCUUAAAAGAUUCUUCAACAUCCCUAAACACUUUGGCAUCCAUAAAGGCUUCUUCAACAUCCCUAGGAACUCAAUAUGAAAAUGUAAAUCCUACACCACACCAACUUAACUUUAAUAAUGUUCAAACUCUUGAUACAUGGAUAUCAAGAUUCGAAACUUAUUCCAUAUCAUCAAGACGAUCAUGUGCAAAGCUUCCUUUAGAAGCUAGAGAAGACAACAGAUGUUUUCCAUUUUUAGAACACUUUAUUUCAAUCUUUGAAUCAAUUAAUCAACUUGGAAAAGUGAAACUUAUCUCAUCAAAAGAAUGUUUAGACUAUGCUCUUCGUAUGCUAAACGUUAUUAAAAUCGAACAUUCACAUUUUCAUAUGUUACAUAAUACAUCUAAUCAAAGAAACAGAGUAGAAGAACUUUCAUCACAACCGAUAGUACUUCAUGAAUCACUAGACGAACCUUUAACAAUAUUAUUAAAAGAAAUAUUAUUACCAAUAGAACAAAAACAUUUAUGUGAUUAUUUGUGGGCACCAAGUAAUGUUUCAAACUUAAUGCACCUUCGAGAGAUUCGAAGUGAUAAUGUUAAUCUUAUGGAAGAAGAUGAAUUUGAAGAAUUUGAACAGGUUAUGAGAGAAACUAGUUUGGUUAAAGGUUCAAGGGUUAGUCAAGUUGAACAUAUGAUAGUUGGUGAAAAAAUGGCUAAAGCUAUGAGAGAAAUCUUGAACAAAAAUUCUUAUAACUUUAUUUAA